AUGUCGACGCAAGCCAUUACAGACUAUCUCACCAAGCAAUUGUUUAUUGAGCGGAAUAUCUCCUGCGUAGCAACAUUCCUAAUUACUGGUACCCCUGCUACCAACACGCGAUAUAGAGGAACACAGAGCUCGGAUGGGGACUAUUAUAUGGGCGGAACCCAACCGACGAAUGUUGAUGAUGAUGAUGUGGAAAUUGACAGUGAGGAGGUGCCACAGACGAUUGUCAUGAUUGUGAACGAAAAGGACCUCGAAGCGGAUGUACGCGUCACGGAUAAAUCCAAAGGCCCUGAAUUCGCGGCGAUUGUUGGACGAAUUGUAGCCAAAGAAAUCAAGCCCGGCCCGUUCAAGAAAAGGAUGCCACCUCCUGCACCAGUGGCGGGACCAUCCAAGUCGAAACUGCCCGAGACGAAACCCGAGGUCAAACAGGAUACGAAAGAAAAAUCAAACGAAAAGUCUAAAGCCUCAGGAGGAAAACUGAGCAACUUCUUCGGCGGGGCUGCAAAGGCUAAAGAAAAUAAAGAUGUUAAGAAGAUCAAGCAGGAAGAGCCGGCGCCUGAACCGGCGAAGAGGAUGUUCUUUUCAAAACCGGCUGCGCCCAAGGCUGCUGCUGCAGAUGCAGCAAAGAAGGAGAAGGCUGAUGCGCCUCCUCCUCCUCCUGCCGAGAAGCCUGAUGCGCCACAGAAAACUAAUAUGCCCCAGAAGGCACCUUUGUCAAAAAGCAAGACAUCCGUUUCUAAUGUUCCCUCUCGUGCACCUAGUGUUGCCAGCACAAAAGAGGACAAGGAGCCGGAGAAGGUUACAGAGAAGUCCACUCGGGGUGUUAAAAGAAAGUCCUCGGUCGGAUUCGAAAAUCGGGACAAAUCUGUCGAGAGACAUGGCAAUACCGAAUCUUCGAAAACGGAAGGCAGCACACGCGUCAGACGAAAGGUUGUUCUUUCAGAUGACGAAGAUGAUGUGCCGAUGCCCAAGAAACCCACAGCUCGCAAGUCGAGGGGUAGUUAUACAACGACCAGCGGGCAUAAUUCUGACGCUGAGCACGACGUCAUGAGGCUCAUGGACAUGGAUGACGAUGAGGUUGAGAAAGUGUCGCGGGUGCCUUCGACAAAUGCUAGCUCGAAUGAACGGGAUGACGCGGAGGAAGAAAUGGACGAAGAUGACAGUAUGCGUGUUGACGAUGAAGACGUUCCUAUGUCCGAUGCCCCGUCUACAAAGGCCAAAGUGGUCAAGAAAAGAAAACCGAAGGCUGUCGUCCCGGUUGGUCGUAAUGGCCUGAAGAAAAGAAAGGUAACGAAGACAAGAAGAACGAAAGAUGCGAAUGGUUAUAUUGUCAAAGAAGAUUAUUCGGACUGGGAAUCCGUGGCUAGCGACGAAGCGCCAGAGGAACCAGAGCCUCCGAAAGCGAAACCUAAAGCGAAGCCCAAGGCUGCUGCUGUCAGGAAAGAAGAAGUUGAGGUCAAAGCUGUCCCUGCUGCGAAGGAGGUGAAAGAGCCAGCAGCGAAGAAAGCGCCCAUCAAAGUUGCCUCUGCACCCAAGGCCAAGGCAGCUCCAAAAACCGGGGGUGCUAAAACACAGCAACCUAGACUUAUGAACUUCUUUGGACCUAAAAAGACCACAUGA